AUGGCCGCAACGCAACCCGGGCGCCCCGUGGAGCUGGCGCACUUUGUGGUGCGCACGCACGACAUGGACUCCGCCGCCGACUCCUACCAGAAGCUGCUCGCCGCCGACGUCGUGCAGCGGACCGAGCGCAUGACCUUUCUGAGCUAUGAUCGUGAGCACCACCGCCUGGCUGUGGCCCUGGACCCGUCGCGGCUCCCGAGGCCCAGGGCCAACGGGUCCGCCGCACCCACAACACCGCAGGCCGUGUGCGGCUUCGACCACGUCGCCUUCACCUUCGGCUCCGUCGGCGACCUGCUGCGCGGCUACCGCGCGCGCAAGGAGCUGGGGCUCGAGCCCCUCUACUGCCUCAACCACGGCGUCUCCGCUAGCAUGUACUACGCCGACCCAGACGGCAACAAGGUCGAGCUGCAGGCGCAGAACCUUGCGGACCCGGACAUGGCAAGGGCCUAG